AUGCACUCCUCUACUAUUCUUGCUAUGGCUUUUGCCUCCCUCGCCCUCGGUCAUCCAUUCGAGAUGAUCCAGCGUGACCCUCAGAUCAACUCUGGCCCUGACCGCCCGGGAUUCUAUGCCCCCGGUCGUGUGGUCGAACGCGACCCGCAAGCCUCUGAGGUUAUCCGUCCGGGAGGUGAAGCACUUGCUGCACGCGAUCCGCAGGCUACUCGGGCUGGUAGCGCACUUGCUGCACGCGCUGAAAGCCUCUCAGUUAAGGAGUUACAGGAUUGGGACUUUUGGAAAAAAAAUUAA